UUAAUUGCAUCUUCCAAUUCCAGGAAGACCUAAAAUUUCCUGGUUUUUUUUUCCGUUAUCUGCAGAGAGAGAGAUGCCAAGUUUGUGGAUAAUUAUCUGGUGAUCGUUUAGGUGUGUGUUGUGUGCAUCUGAGUUGGAAAAAAGUCUUUUAGGAAGUGAGAUAUAUAAAACAUGUCUUCUCUUAGUAGAGAGCUCGUCUUCUUGAUCUUACAGUUUCUUGAUGAAGAGAAGUUUAAAGAGACUGUUCACAAGCUUGAACAAGAAUCUGGUUUUUUCUUCAAUAUGAAGUAUUUUGAGGAUGAGGUUCACAAUGGAAACUGGGAUGAGGUUGAGAAGUAUCUCUCUGGUUUCACAAAAGUUGAUGAUAACAGAUACUCUAUGAAGAUAUUCUUUGAGAUAAGAAAGCAGAAGUAUCUCGAGGCUUUGGAUAAGCAUGAUCGUCCCAAGGCUGUGGACAUACUAGUGAAGGAUUUAAAAGUGUUUUCAACUUUUAAUGAGGAGCUUUUCAAGGAAAUUACGCAGCUCUUGACGUUAGAGAACUUCCGGGAGAAUGAACAGUUGUCCAAGUAUGGGGACACCAAGUCUGCAAGAGCUAUCAUGUUGGUGGAACUCAAGAAGCUGAUUGAGGCGAACCCGUUGUUCCGUGAUAAAUUGCAGUUUCCUACUCUUAGAAACUCAAGGCUGAGGACUUUGAUCAACCAGAGCUUGAAUUGGCAACAUCAGCUUUGUAAAAAUCCAAGGCCAAAUCCAGAUAUAAAGACACUUUUUGUGGAUCACUCUUGUGGCCCUCCAAAUGGCGCACGGGCUCCAUCCCCUGUGAACAAUCCACUGCUUGGUGGAAUACCAAAAGCUGGAGGAUUUCCUCCUUUAGGCGCACACGGGCCAUUUCAACCAACGGCCUCACCCGUUCCAACGCCUCUUGCUGGUUGGAUGUCUAGUCCAUCCUCUGUCCCACAUCCAGCUGUCUCCGCAGGAGCCAUUGCCCUUGGUGGUCCAUCGAUCUCAGCGGCAUUGAAGCACCCGAGAACUCCUCCAACUAAUGCCGCUUUAGACUACCCAUCAGCGGAUUCUGAACAUGUCUCAAAAAGAACAAGGCCAAUGGGAAUCACUGAUGAGGUGAAUCUAGGUGUGAACAUGUUACCGAUGUCAUUUCCAGGGCAGGGUCAUGGUCAUACUUCAGCAGCUUUCAAAGCACCUGAUGACUUGCCUAAAACAGUUGCACGAACUUUGUCUCAGGGCUCAUCUCCCAUGAGCAUGGACUUUCAUCCAAUCAAACAGACUCUGCUUCUAGCUGGAGGAUUUCCUCCUUUAGGCGCACACGGGCCAUUUCAACCAACGGCCUCACCCGUUCCAACGCCUCUUGCUGGUUGGAUGUCUAGUCCAUCCUCUGUCCCACAUCCAGCUGUCUCCGCAGGAGCCAUUGCCCUUGGUGGUCCAUCGAUCUCAGCGGCAUUGAAGCACCCGAGAACUCCUCCAACUAAUGCCGCUUUAGACUACCCAUCAGCGGAUUCUGAACAUGUCUCAAAAAGAACAAGGCCAAUGGGAAUCACUGAUGAGGUGAAUCUAGGUGUGAACAUGUUACCGAUGUCAUUUCCAGGGCAGGGUCAUGGUCAUACUUCAGCAGCUUUCAAAGCACCUGAUGACUUGCCUAAAACAGUUGCACGAACUUUGUCUCAGGGCUCAUCUCCCAUGAGCAUGGACUUUCAUCCAAUCAAACAGACUCUGCUUCUAGUUGGUACAAAUGUAGGAGAUAUUGGGCUGUGGGAAGUUGGUUCUCGGGAAAGAUUAGUACAGAAGACCUUCAAAGUUUGGGACUUGAGUAAAUGUUCAAUGCCCUUACAGGCUGCUCUGGUGAAAGAACCUGUCGUUUCUGUCAACCGUGUGAUAUGGAGCCCUGACGGUUCCUUGUUUGGAGUUGCUUACUCUAGACAUAUUGUACAACUAUACUCUUAUCACGGAGGCGAAGACAUGAGGCAACACCUUGAGAUUGAUGCUCAUGUUGGUGGUGUGAAUGAUAUUUCCUUCUCGACUCCAAACAAGCAACUAUGUGUGAUAACCUGUGGUGAUGACAAAACCAUAAAGGUCUGGGACGCUGCAACAGGUGUCAAAAGGCAUACCUUUGAAGGCCAUGAAGCUCCUGUUUACUCUGUCUGUCCUCACUACGAGUAAAGAUGGAGAGUCUUUCAUUGUUGAGUGGAAUGAAAGCGAAGGAGCUGUUAAAAGAACUUACCAAGGAUUCCACAAGCGUUCUCUCGGUGUUGUGCAGUUUGAUACAACUAAAAACCGUUAUCUAGCUGCUGGUGAUGAUUACUCCAUUAAGUUCUGGGAUAUGGACACUGUACAGCUUUUAACUGCCAUUGAUGGUGAUGGAGGCCUCCAGGCAAGCCCGCGUAUCCGCUUUAACAAGGAAGGCUCUCUCCUGGCCGUGUCUGCAAACGAGAAUGUGAUCAAGGUUAUGGCAAACUCAGAUGGUCUAAGGCUAUUGCACACUUUUGAGAACAUUUCAUCUGAAUCCUCCAAGCCUGCGAUAAACAGCAUCGCAGCGGCAGCGGCAGCUGCAGCAACGAGUGCUGGACUCGCAGAUCGAUCAGCCAAUGUAGUUUCCAUCCAAGGAAUGAAUGGUGAUUCGCGGAAUAUGGUGGAUGUGAAGCCAGUGAUUACAGAAGAAUCAAAUGAUAAGUCUAAGAUAUGGAAGCUUACUGAAGUCAGCGAGCCUUCUCAAUGCAGGUCACUGAGACUCCCUGAGAAUCUGAGAGUCGCCAAGAUAUCAAGAUUGAUUUUCACGAAUUCGGGAAACGCUAUCUUGGCUUUGGCAUCAAACGCUAUUCAUCUUCUAUGGAAAUGGCAGCGGAAUGACCGCAACGCAACUGGAAAGGCGACAGCUUCUUUACCGCCUCAGCAAUGGCAACCAGCAAGUGGGAUCCUAAUGACUAACGACGUUGCUGAAACCAAUCCCGAGGAAGCUGUACCUUGUUUUGCUUUAUCCAAGAAUGACUCAUAUGUAAUGUCAGCCUCCGGAGGAAAGAUCUCCUUAUUUAACAUGAUGACGUUUAAGACGAUGGCUACUUUCAUGCCACCACCGCCUGCUGCAACUUUUCUUGCUUUCCAUCCUCAAGACAACAAUAUCAUCGCUAUUGGAAUGGAUGAUAGUACGAUUCAGAUUUAUAACGUCCGUGUUGAUGAGGUGAAGAGCAAGCUUAAAGGUCAUUCAAAGAGAAUAACUGGUCUUGCCUUCUCCAACGUAUUAAACGUGCUGGUUUCUUCUGGAGCAGAUGCUCAGCUAUGUGUUUGGAACACAGAUGGAUGGGAGAAGCAGAGAAGCAAGGUUCUUCCUCUUCCGCAGGGAAGACCAAGCACUGCACUGUCAGAUACUCGUGUUCAGUUCCAUCAAGAUCAAGCUCACUUCCUCGUUGUGCACGAGACACAGCUCGCCAUUUACGAAACUACCAAGCUCGAAUGCAUGAAACAGUGGGCUGCGCGAGAAUCAUUAGCUCCGAUCACUCAUGCCACUUUCUCAUGCGAUAGCCAAUUGGUCUACGCGAGUUUUAUGGAUGCAACAGUUUGUGUAUUUAGCUCUGCAAACCUAAGAUUGCGUUGUCGGGUCAACCCUUCUGCGUAUCUACCAGCUAGUCUCAGCAAUUCCAACGUACAUCCACUAGUGAUUGCAGCACAUCCGCAAGAACCAAACAUGUUUGCGGUUGGUCUCUCAGACGGAGGAGUUCACAUAUUUGACCCGCUUGAGUCCGAAGGUAAAUGGGGAGUCGCUCCACCAGCUGAGAACGGAUCAGCUAGCGGCGCAGUGACUGCAUCUUCCGCUGGAGCCCCUGCCUCUGAUCAGCCACAGAGAUAAUCUGAUCUGAAUGGAGAGUCACCUGCCUCCCUGAUUUCUUCUUUUUUUAAAGACUUUUUCGUUUUCUUUUUAUAUUUUUGGUAGAAAGGUUUAUGACCCAGAGAUUCUAACAUGUUUAGAUGUAACAUAUUUUCACAGUAAUUCAGCAGUAGUAAAGUUGGAUGAACAAAGUAA